CAUCCCCGCCUGCAUUGUGCAUCUUCCCCUGCAUCCCAACCAUUGCAGCUCUCCGUUCCACCUACCCCAUGGCGAGCAACAUCCCCGCUAGCUUGCGAUCUGCAGAUAUUGGGCGAUAUGCCUUGAGAGCAGCUCAGCUCGAGCACGCGAAGCCCGUCGUUGCCUACUGGUGCAACUUCUGGAUCGUUAAUCAGAUUAUCGAGCGGGGCCUACACACUUCUAACGACGAUGUCAAGCUAUACACGACGGACCUUGUGGACAAGUUGGAGAAGUUCAAGAGUGAAAACACCGAUAAUGAUGCUGUAAUGGAUGCUGAGGCGGCCAAUGCCUACGUGGAGCAGUUCGGUCUGGAGGUACUUGGGCGCGCCGAAGCGACCAUGAAGGCCAACAAAGUGACCAAACAAACCGCAGACACCUUCCAGGCUGCUGCAACCUUUCUUGAACUGUGCCAAAUUUGGACCAACCCUUUGGACCCCGAGGUUGCUGCGAAGAUCAAGUUCUCCAAGUACCAUGCUGUGAGGAUUAUAAAGGCGAUCAAGGCCGGGGAGGAUCCCAACGCGUCCAAUCCGGUGGCCACUGAGGAGGAUGAACUCGAAGCGCUCAUCGAAGCAAAGCAGGAUGAUCCGGAAGUGCAGGCCAUCGUCGGAUCGCCAGUCGCGCGCCCUGGGCAACCGUCUGUUGAAGAGGUACCCAAUGAGACUCUACAGCCUUCACAAUCACCUCCAGUCCUGCCAGAACCUCCCACCACAUUUGCCGAUGUCCCCGCCGCUCACUACAAAGCCGAACCUACAUCUCCCGCGGAGGAUGAUGCGGAGCCAGGUGCACCGCUGAACCUCCCCUCGGCCCCAGAGACGUUUGCCUCCCCUUCUACAUCUGUGCCCAACCUCCCGGACACACCGGCAGACAUUGGCGCAAGGUCUCCCCAACCGCACGCCGACUCUUUCCAUUCAUUCCCUCCGCCGUCCUCAAUCCCACCUUCAAGUCCGCCAGCAGCGUCUCAUGAUGCAAGCUCCUUCUACACCAAACCGACCACCAGCGCUGGUCCUCCCCCGCCGUUCGUACAGUCUUCCUCAGGAACAGUGCCCGUUGGUUCCCGCCCAACGCCUCCAAGUAUCCCGUCACCCACCCCUUCAGCACCUGCACCUGCAGCUUCGAGCUCCAGCCGGACGAACACGCAGUCAGUCGAUGACCAGGCCAUAGCGCUUGCCCAGAAACAUGCCCGCUGGGCCGUGUCGGCCUUGACGUUUGAUGAUGUGAACACGGCGAUCAAGGAGCUCAAGAAUUCACUCCGGUAUCUCGGCGCGGAAUAAAAAGAGAUUGGUGGUAGAUGAAUUUGUAUGCGCUUGCACGCAUUGAGAACCACCGUCAUUGUAUGAUGUGAGCAUGACCGAGCCAUAAAUCAAGCCUUUUAUGACCUGACACAGGCUACACUUAUCCUGAUGUGAACGAUAAUGACAACAAAUCAUACCGUGUUCUGCAGCCAACAAACCCAGCCAUAGCUAACCCUGCUCCAUCUCACCUGUAUUAUCGUAGUUUGCUUUACCUUUUCCACUGGUAACCCUCCUUCACCAUGCACCCCACGCGCCGCCGCACCAUUUGCCAGCAUCCUCUACUAUUCAAUCCCU